AUGACUCUACUUGUCUCCAAUGAGGCAGACAUAGAAUUAAACGAAAAUUUCUCCUCGGAGACAACCCCCGAAAUCGACUCUACGGUUCAGAAGUCACUUGUCCGACGGAGGGAUUUGAUAUUACUUCCAACACUUUGUAACCAACCAAUUGCUCCUGUACUGAAAAUAGAGCUGCUUCGGCCGCGCGCCAAUCUCAGAAAUGCCAAAUCUGCAAUCCUAGAACAAGAUCUGAACUCGAAAGGGAACCGAUCUUCUUUAUUACUGAUGAUGUUCUACAUCCCCUACUCGAUAUUCAGUAUCCCAGCAACUAUUCUCGCCAAAAUAUAUAGCUCAGCAGUGGUUAUUCCCCUUCUCGUCCUGGGAAGGGGAAGAACUUCGGUGGGAUUAUGGCUACCAGAGUCAUUUUGGAACGAUGGAAGCCGGAUUUUUGCCCUGGGCGAAUGUUUAUUUGUCAAAUUUUUAUACCAGGGAGUAGUUGGCGAAGAGAUUAUCUGUGUUCUUUUUAAUGGAAGCGCUAUUAGCGGCCCUAUCUCCUGGGGUGUAUUUCAGUGGCAUCGAAACUUUAAAGUCUGGCAAUACCUGUUUCUAAUCGAAGGUGCUAUUAUCGUCAGCAUUGCCUUCAUCGCGCUCAUGACUCUACCACAUAGUGUGCAAGGGUCACGUUAUUUCACCCCUUUCCAGAAGAAAUGCGCCUCUGUAUAUCUCAAACACGACAAGAAAGGCUUUAUCUUCCACGAGGGCUUCAUCGUGCUAAAAGGCUGGAAGAUAUGGCUUUUUGCCCUUUCAGGUUUAUUGUAUGGAGUGGGCUCGUCGAGUACAUCCAACUUUUUACCUGUUAUGAUCAAGCGGCGUGCCCAAGACACCGUGAGAGUUAAUCUAUACACCAUCGGCCCCAAUUUAACGGGCGCAUUGAUGAUGAUGUAUGUGAGUUGCUGGGUAACGGAUCGUAUGUAA